AUGUGUGAGCACCCCUCGGCGUCAGAAGGCUUCGGGCUGUGCUCACAGCAGACGGAAUCACUGCUGGCCGACGAGAUGGGAGAAGACCCCGUGGCGGAUGAGUUGGGGCUUCCCGGCCCCCCCUGCUUUGCGGGGGGAUGGGAGUGGACGGUGCUUCCCCAGCCGGCCUCUCGGACUCCGCCCCGUUCAGAGAUGGGGGCGGCACCGGUCUCUGAGGCCUCCCCGCCCCUGCCAGUGCUGCCUCUCCGGGUGAUCCUGUCUCCGCCUCUCCAGGCGGCCCCGCCCGCGGCUUCACCAGCUUCCCUUCUUGCGGCUGAGUCGCUGUUGCCAGGCGACGACAACGCGUCUCCAGCUUCCGGCUCAGCGGAGGAGAUCUCUCUGGCCCCUUCGGCCCCUCCGCCGCUUCCAUCGGCCUUCCCGUCGCCUCAAGCCGAGACGGUCCCUGUUCAGGAGGGUGCUGGAGACAGCGCCGAACCCGCGGGACACUCGGAAAAGCCCGCGGCUGCUCCUACAUCCAGCGUGAUUCCCUCCCCGGUUCCGGCUUCCCUCCCGCUGCCUGCACAGGCUGCGCCAGCAGUUCUGCCUCUGUCGGAGACUCAGUCCUCCGUGUCGGAGUCAGAGACUGCCCUGGAACCGGCGGCUUGUUCGAGCUCGGACCAUCCUGGACUGGCUGCCCCAGCAGCGGCCCCGGUGGCUGGCCUCCCCUUCCGUGGAGCGGGGAGUGCUCGCCAGCUGACUGGGCCUUCUCUGUCCAAGGCUCUGGCCUACCUCAACCCCCGCUGCAUGGCUUCCCCUCCCCCACCCAGCCCGCAGAUCGCAGGGGAGAUCUGA